AUGAGCCACAAAGACAACUUUCAGCUGGUUGACGUACAAGGAUGGGAUUGGGAUCUUCAUAGCGUCUACUCGGCUUACAUCGGCCAUUUCCAAAGCCACGCGGUGCCGUGGUAUGAUCGCUCAUGGGGUCACCUAUUCAGCUCUUUCGAUGACUUUCUUACUUUUGGAUGGCCAACAGUCACGGUGACCGAUAGCCGCACUGGCAAGGGCCAUAUUGUAACCCGAGCAGGGAGUGUGGGUGCGUUUGCAAAGAUGGUUAAAACUCGGUUCGGCGAGACACUCCCUAAGAUUUCCAAUGUCAUGCAAAUUAUUCCAUAUGAACAUACUCAGCGGCACCUGAGACAAAUUGCAGACAUGGCUACUUAUAAAAAGGUUCACGCGACUCUUCCCGCAGCCGAGUUUUCGGCUUUUAAAUCAAGAGUAAAGCACGGAGAUCUGCAUUUAAUUGACAAACUUUGGCAUUCGCGCGAGAAAAAUUGGCUUUCGAUUCGCUUUGUUUGGUCCGAGAAAAGUCUAUUGCCCUUGGAAUGGGGAUAUGCGGCCGUGCGCUGCGCCCAUAUCAAUGCCGUUGGAAGUUGGCCACCGAAAGAAGAAAACUUUAGGAAAGGCCACUUUGUCGUAGCUGAGUAUGCUGAUAAAGUCCGCAACAAACUGAGGCCCACCCAUCCAUGGGAGUACGCAUUUGGCGAUACCCAUGUAGUUGGAAAGUCGAAGCUUCCCGAUGUUAUUAAUUCGGUCAUCAGUUCCCUGGCUACGCCUGAUUCCGAGUCUGUAGCCAACUCACUUGUUCUCGUUGGCCACAACAUAUCUGGAGACCUUGAGCGAUUGGCCGAGCUGAAAAUAAAACUCCUCCACAAUAUGUUGAUCGUCGAUACAGCUGUGGCGUCCUUAAGGCAUGGGAUAUUUGGACCACAAUUACCACCAGCUGCUCCUCUCGCCCGUCUGUUAGCUGCUCAGUCGCGGGCUCCGCGCUGCACCCUUGGUAAUGCCGGAAACGAUGCCUGGCUUGCACUUGGGGCAAUGAUAGCCAUGGUUGACCCAAACUCGAUCCCCCUGAAUACUGCCACUAUUGGAGGGCCACUGCCUUCGCCUCUUCCUUACCCGCCUAAAGCUGCGAGUCCCAAUGGAUUGCCCUCACCUAUAACUGUGCCCAGCGCGCGACCGCGUUACAAUUCUCAAGCACACCUUAGCCCCAACUCCCCGUCCCCUUUGCCGAUCCCAGGAACCCCACCGGUAGAUGGUUUCCCGUUUCCAUCCCACAGUGCCAACCCGAACGCACGUCCAAUCUCGGCAGUGUUUGCUCGCCCCCGGACGGGAAGUGCUGGCGCCGAAGCCAUAUCGCGUUUGUCACUGAAUGGCCUGAGCCUCAAUUCCGGUCCUUCGCUUGGCUUUGACACUGGCGUGGGUUCUACAUCCAACCGAAAUUCCCGUCCGAUUUCUGGUACUUUUGGUCACUCGAGCGGCCAAAGUCCUCGCAACAGUUUGAACCUGGGGGUUACUAGCCCUGAUGAAUUCGGUGGAGUGGGAGGACAGGCUCAGAUAAGUCGAAGUUGGAAUGGGCGUUCAGUGCUAGGUAAUGGGCGCCCACAAACUCCCCUUGGGUUAGGAGGAGGACUCCUUGACCUGAAGCCAGGAAAAAGCACCAAGGUCGUUGUUAGCCCUAGCGCCAGGCCGGGUGCGGGUGGUGAUAGCAGCGAAGACGAAAGUGAAGUUGCGAAUGAGAGCGAAGAUGAUGAGCCUGGCACGGGGCUCGCACCUAAGAGUCGACCGAUGGUUGCUUGA